AUGGAUGAAUGGAUCUGUGAACAAGCAUCUGAUGAUGAAUUUCAGCCAAAAGUUUUAGAUUUAAUCAAAACUAUAGAGACAGAUUUGAUUUCUCAAUGGUCGAAUCCUUGUGUUACACCUUCAGUCAAUAUUGGAUUCAUUGGCUAUACAAAUGCAGGGAUUGCAGCGAUUAUACCUCUUGGCGACCAACUACCUCGGCAUUUAUCAAGAAAUGCUAUUAGAAAAGCAUUUGGUAUUAAUGAUGAACUUUGUGAAUACGUGGAAAGAUUUGAUCUUACUAUUGAAAGAAAUGACUUGAAAACAUCUUCAUUUAAAAAAUCGGUAACUACGACAACAUCAGAGAACAAGAGGCAUGCCAAUGCAGAAAAGAUUCAAACGGCGACUCGACAUACAAUAAGUCUCGCUGGUUCGCUUUCCGAUGAUGUUGUUCGUGUAGCAGCAUCAAGUGCAACAGCACUGUCAACCGCUGGAGAGGUUGCAUUAGCUGCAACAACAGUCGCUGGUAUAGUCUUUUCAGGUGGUAUGUGUGCUUGGCAGGUUUAA